AUGUGUGCCCUCUUCGUGGUUGUUUCCCUCCCAUCGGACUCUCGGACUCUACUCCCGCCGUCCUUUCUCCAUUGUUGUUUCUUCCUCUCGUACUCUCGGACGACACAUCCACUGUACCUUCACCUUCUCCGCUGCCGUUUCUUCCUCUCGGACUCUCGGACGACAACAUCCUGCGUCAGGAUCAUCGCUAUGUCCGCCAUAGCCCAAACGAAGGACGAUGCCGAUGCCCUUAACCUUAAGGUAUCUGGCAUCGUCCAGCUCAAGCCCCAAGGUGCGGACUCGAACUACCUUGAUUGGAGUUUUGUUGUCCUUUUGCACCUCAAAUCCCUCAAACUCGCUUACGUCCUCGAACCCGAGCCUAGCCCUACCCUCACCGCAGCUGCCAAGACCAAAUCCUCUCGCCCUGCCUCCUGGUUAAACGACAGCAUAGCUGUCUCGUCCGAUGUGGCUCUCGCUUUCGCAGGCCCAUCAGGACUUUUCGGCUGGGGCCGCAUGCAUUGGCUGCGUCAACUGGUCGUUGCGCGUCUCUCCGGCGACAACAUCGACUCCCACAUUGAAUCGAUGGCCAUCUGUGCGGAGCGCCUCGGCUCGCUGGUCACUCCUGAGAAGCCACUCACUGUGGACGAUAUCCACGCGACAGCCCUUCUCACCUCCCUAACCGACGAUUGGCUUCAUUGUGUAUCGUCCCUAAUGAACGAGGACUCCGUCACUUCCUCGCGCAUCGUCUUGGCUCUCAAAGCCGAAUCCCUUCUUCGCAAAGCUCGUCGUGAGGACAAGUCGACCGUUACCGUUAAACAAGACCCCCAAGCUUAG